AUGGACGUACAUUCAAGGCCUGAAUCGUCACUAGCAACCCCCCAGUUGACGUCGUCUUCAUGGUUGGGGGAUGUCCCUGAUCAAGAUUCAACGAGAUCAAGCCUGCAAUCGUGUCUCGGAUGUCUUGACCGAGUCCAUGAUAGGAUGGAUUGUGUUUACAAGGAAUUUCUGGAAAUCCGCACCCGCAUUACAGAGCUGCUUGUCACCAGUCAAUCAGAAAUCACCACAGUGGGGGGUGAAGGCACAUUGAAUAGUGACAUGUACUCCCAGGCAAUCGUCAAUGAUGAGCCUCAGACCAUCGUGCCACUUGCGUUCGAUGAGCUCAAUGCCGUUUCAUCGUCGUUGACUCCACCAGAGUUCUCCGUCUUGGCAGAGCCACUAGUAUUCCAAGGACAAUUUUCAGACCUUAAGUACGGUCCUUUAGGAUUUGGUACUAGUACCCUGCAGGAGGGUCUUUCCAUGGGUACAAUUCCCCAAAACCUGUUGCCCGAUGGCACCCCUGGUGUCGUCAGCUAUGGGCUUGGUGUACUCGGGCUCCUGCCUCAGUAUGACACGUACUCCGAUGGGAAGACCUUGUCCGAGUCUUCAACAAGUAAAUCAACACGGAGGGAGAGCGACUGUCGCAGAGUCAGCGUUAUGAAAAUGAAUCGGAUUGAGGUAGAAAUACAAAAAUGGCUCUCAUGUCAGACCAGAUUCUUGAGCUCAGAUGGAUGUAACCCUGUCGAGGUGACAGCUAUCCAGCAGUUUGACCCGGUGAUGGAAGGCAGCGGCUCCGACUGCAGACAUCAAGCAAAAAGAUAUGUUGUGAAUGAGGUGGCUGAAGCGUAUGAGACGUACCCAAGUUCAACCUACAUCAGCCCACGAGCUGAGGAAGACCAUGUGCAUACUAAGGGCGGUCCGCGAACAGGAACUCGUAUGAUUCGUGAACGGUCAGCGAAGACCGGCGCCUGCAGAAUAGUGGCGGCUCGGAAUAUUGCGAAGCAGUUAACAAACUGGCGUGAAGAAGGAAAGCGGGUAUGCCUGGGCGAGCUCUACUACGUUGACCCGGGUCAACCCAUGUCAGGCCCUAAUUACAUAAGUAAUGUCGAUGGACUCGGACGAGUGGAGACUGGCACUGCAAACACGAUGUCAUUCUUAUGCACGACGGAUCAUCCUGGCGUCAAUUCUUGCCAAAUACGACAGCACCUCAUAACCAUCGUAAAAGCUUCUGCUGGUCUCCAAUCCCGUAAUUGCGUCGUUUUUGAAUUGGAUCAAAAUCUCCUAGGUGUAGGCAAAGUGCAGUAUGCCUAG